GUGGGGAAAGCCGUAUUCCGGUUGGCGCGACUUCCGGCGGCGCUUUGAGCGUGCGAAGAUGGCUGCAGCCAAGAGGCAGCGUGGAGCUGGCAAGGGAGCCCCGGCGGAGCCGAGGAGGAAACGCGCCAAGAGAGCUCCGGGGGCAGAGGGCGAGGGCCAAGGCCCGUCCGCUGAGGCCACCCCGGGGCCGGAUGAGCACGUCGUCCCGGCCCCGGUCUCGCAGGUGAGGAGAGUACGAGGGGGACCUGGACUUGGCCGCGCGGGGUGUGUGGCGGCUGUGCUCCUCGUGGAACAAAGGUGCCCCUGAGCAUAUAACAACAAUAAUAAUAAUAAUAAUAAUAAUAAUAAUAAUAAUUUGUUAUUUAUACCCCGCCCAUCUGGCUGGGUUUCCCCAGCCACUCUGGGCGGCUUCCAACAAAACACUAAAAUACCAUAACCUAUUAAACAUUAAAAACUUCCCUAAACAGGGCUGCCUUCGGAUGUCUUCUAAAAGUUUGGUAGUAAUUUUUCUCUUUGACAUCUGGUGGGAGAGCAUUCCACAGGGCGGGUGCCACCACCGAGAAGGCCCUCUGUCUGGUUCCCUGUAACUUGGCUUCUCGUAGCGAGGGAACCGCCAGAAAGCCCUUGGUGCUGGACCUCAGCAUCCGGGCAGAACGAUGGGGGUGGAGACGCUCCUUCAGGUAUACUGGACUGAGGCUGUUUAGGGCUUUAAAGGUCAGCACCAACACUUUGAAUUGUGCUUGGAAACAUACUGGGAGCCAGUGUAGGUCUUUCAAGACUGGUGUUAUGUGGUCUCGGCAGCCGCUCCCAGUCACCAGUCUGGCUGCCGCAUUCUGGAUUAGUUGUAGUUUCCAGGUCACCUUCAAAGGUAGCCCCACAUAGAGCGCAUUGCAGUAGUCCAAGCGAGAGAAAACCAGAGCAUGCACCACUCUGGCGAGACAGUCCGCGGGCAGGUAGGGUCUCAGCCUGCGUACCAGAUGGAGCUGAUAAACAGCUGCCCUGGACACAGAAUUGACCUGUGCCUUCAUGGACAGCUGUGAGUCCAGAAUGACUUCAGGGGCACAGUUACCUCAUUCAGGACCAGGGGGUCCCCCACACUCGCCCGCCUCCUGUCCCCCAAAAACAGUACUUCUGUCUUGUCAGGAUUCAACCUCAAUCUGUUAGCCGCCAUCCAUCCUCCUCCUGCUGCUUCUUAGAUAACAGGGGUCUUUUUCCAGCGCAGCCCUGGGCAUGUUUGCUCGUCAGUGAGUUCCAUUGAGUUCCAUGGGGCUUCGUUUCUGGACUGCUGCCUUCAUCAAUUUACCAACGAGAUCUCCUUACACACACUUCGAGUGGUGGGACCGGGCGACAUAAUAAUGUCACCUUGCAAAUGGGGUCUUAAGUUCUCCGGUUCUUCAAGGACUCGGUUGUUCGGUACAGCGGCGCCUGCCCUUCGGAACUCCCCGCAUAUUGAGAUCCACACAGGUGCUUUCACUGCACCCCGGCGCCUGUUGAAAACAUUCCUGUUCAGACAAGGCUUAGCCAGAUGCUUAGAAAUGUUUUAGCGUUUAACUUUUGCAUGUUUCUAAAAUAGGGUUGUGAAUUUUUCUAGAUGAGUGGAGUAUUUUUGUUUUUUUCAGUCAAGUGUAUAAAUUCUAUGAAAUGUUAAAAACAGCUGUGGUGUUCAGCUUUUAGUAGGCUGUGCGAUCCUGCGCAUAUCAGGUCAUACAAUACAUAGGCUUUUGAAACAUAUUGGGAAUGUAAUGAAAUGGCUGUUUUCUGAAGAAGAGUUUUCUGCAUUAAAAUGGCUUUUGCCCAAAAAUAUCAGCUUCACUGCUCCCAUUUUAUAGACUAAUAACUGCGGCUGUGACAUGCCUGAAACUAUCCAGAGAAUUAAUGAUUGAGGUAAUCUGUUGUUGUUUGUUCCCUUCUCAUUAAUACUUUUGUCUUUCAGGGCAAAUGGAAAAACAAAGAGAGAGUUCUCAUUUUCUCUUCCAGAGGAAUCAAUUUUAGGACAAGGCAUCUCAUGAAAGACUUAAGAACAAUGAUGCCCCAUGCUAAAGCAGGUAUUUUUUUAUUUUACCUGUCUUCUCUGUCUUGUUCUAACAAGUUCACUGUUUCUACUCACGUAGAACUGUCCAAAUCUAAAUAACAACAACGACCGGCUUAUCAAAAACACUGGUAUGUGAAGCAAAAUGAAUGUAAUAAUUAUACUGUAGUUAAGCAUUACUGUUUUCUAGCUGUGUAAAGUUUCUUACCUUAACAUUUUUCUGUUGUAGUAAAAGUUGUGAUAAGCAGCAUAUUGAUACAGGUCCUCUUCAGCCUAAGUUGGUGUGUGCUGCUUUUCUUCCAAUCCAGCUGUUGGGAGUGUAUAUAUCAAGCCACCUUCAAAAGCAGAAUUAUAUUGGUGAUCUGCUGAUAGGCAGAUUAUUUUUUUAAAGGCAAAAUUUAGUAUUCUGUGCAUACAACCUUAGCUGCUGGAUUGGGAAGAGGAAUCCUUGGGCACAGUGCUUGCUUACAUCUAGUGUCUGAGGUAGGGAUACGUGUGCAGAACUCGGCUGGACCAGAGCAACUUUUAUCAGUAAUUUCAAAGAGUUCUAAGAAGUGUAGGUGAAAUUACUUACCAGGAUGUUUUGGCGAUCGUUACACAUACAUUGUUUAAUUUCAUUUGUUUUCCAGACACUAAAAUGGACAGGAAAGAUAAGCUGUUUGUAAUUAAUGAGGUAAGUUAUGACGCCCCUGUUUUGCCUAAGACUAACCAUUAUAUGUCCUGGCUUUGGGGAUUUGAAUCCAGCUAUUAACCCAAAGCUUGGUACCUCAGUGGCUGCUUUCUCAAGGUGUAACAAUAAAUAAUUUCAUGUUUAGAAUAGUGCAGUGAACUGUAUCUCCUUUGAUUGACUCUCAUGGCACUGUGCAGAAAGUGGUCCUGUUCAGACAUUACAGUAAUCUGGAGCCAGAACAUUGGAGCAGGGAGAGAGGGAAUGACCCUAUUGGUUUACCCCCAUGAGUUAGAGGGAGACUGUCUGCAGUGAGGUGUCCUUUAAUUGUGUAGGAUCCUUGUGUGUUGUAGAAUCCUUAUUUUAUGGGGUUUUGCAUUGUGCUGGAGGCCUCCACACCUAUAAACAGGCUUCCUGCCGCAAGCACCUUCCAACUCGCAGCCGGCACAAUUGUCCCUGCUCAUGUGUUCAGUUUCCAAAUUGCUGUAACUAUACUUAGGAAAAAGAAACUUUUGAUUUACACUGGAAAAACUACAAUGUUUCAGAUUACGGAACUAUUUUUUGUGCUUCAUGCAGGUCUGCGAAAUGAAAAAUUGCAAUAAAUGCAUAUUUUUUGAAGCAAAGAAGAAACAGGAUCUUUAUGUGUGGUGAGAAAAACUUUAAAUCAGAAUAUAUUUUCCCUGUGUGUUCUAAUUUCUGACAUCCAUAGAUGAGUGCAAAGUGGAUAGGUAGGAAUAUUCUCAUCAUUUGGGUUUCCAGGCCGCCAUUCUUGAAUGGGCUUCUGAAAACUAUUUAUUCUGUAAAUUAUAGGUUCUGUAAACUACUGGGGGGGUGGGAAUGACAAAUUAUUAGGGAAAAAUAAUAACACAAUCCACUUGUACCAGCAGUAGAAAAUUGGCAAGACACACCCAGCUCCUUCUAUCACUUUCUGUGUCCUCUGCCCUGUUCCAUGCAACAAGUUAGGUGCUGUUCUUUACCUGGCAGGCAAAAGUUUAGAUAUGAACAAGAAUCUCUGGUUUCCUAGUCUGGAACUGUCUCCUGUGACAUUGUCAAGAUCCAAUAAACUCAGAGAAACUUGGCAGGGGCUUAUCAGGGCACCUGGGGACAGUUCCCUCUUAACCAGAUGAGUUCUUAUUUGCAAGGUUUUCAAGCUGUUCUAGCUGGAUAGGAAUUUUGUGUGUAACACCCCAUUAACAUCACUGAUACUCAACCACUCUAAUGUUUCAAGCAUAACUUCAAUUGGGGAUUUCUUUCUUUCCCUCUUGUCUAUUUCAGGCUUUCAAAUGCCCCCCAUGGACCAUCAGCGAAGUUUCUAGUACAGAAUAGUAAGUUCAAAUAUGUGAUUGAAUGUCUUUGAUUGCUGUUGGCUUGUUUUUACUCCUUCCUGAAUGAUCCUACAAAGACACACAUCUGGUCUUCUGUUGUAACCUAUGGUUAAAACAUUAAAGACUGACCUGACUGACUGGCUUAAUGUCUGGAAGAUGUUAAUAUUACAUACUUCAAUCACUGCUGUUCUGCUUCUGUUUUAACAUUUGAAAAUGUUUUUGUUGUUGUUGAACAAUAAAAUCUUGACUUGACAUAGCUCUACUUAAUAUCACUGCAGUUCACACUCUGGCCGAGCUGAAAAUGACUGGGAAUUGUUUGAGAGGCUCCCGACCCAUUCUGUCUUUUGAUAAGGCGAGUAUCGAUCUCUUAGGAUAUCAUACUACCUUCUGUUAUCUUACGAUCAAUUUUUUUUUUGGCCGAUUUCUAAAAUACUUUCUCCCCACAGACUUUUGACCAGGAGCCACAUUAUGCUGUGCUGAAAGAGCUGUUCAUUCAGGUCGGUAUAUGGCAGUGUUUAUAAGUUAAUUCUCCCAUUUUUAAAACAGCAGGUGCUUUUUUGCCAUAGGAUAGCAUGAUCCUUGUGCACUUUGAUGUGGCAAUGGCAACUUGUGGGUUCCUCAGAUCGGUAGGUCAUAGCCAACUGAGUUUCCUCAGAGUAAACCCAUUGACAUCAAUGACUAACUUGGGGUUCAUUGUUUUCAUUGAGUCUGCUCUGCGGCGAACCGAGUUGGAAUCAACCCAGCAGUGCCGAAACUCACUUGACAAAAUGAUAAGCCCUAUCUCUUGAGCCAGUACACAUUUCUUAGCUGGUGCUGUGGUUGAAGGGGCUGUGGGUUUUGCAUGUGAAUGUGUUUGUUUGUUUGUUUGUUUGUUUGUUCCAAGAGUAGUUGAAGAGAGAUGGAGAGAACCGGGUGGCAUUUAUUUAAAACAUUGUAAACCUCAUUUUUUUACCCUGAAAGUCUCCUACAGCUACUUAAAAUAUAGAACCAAGAGACUGAUUUAUAAAACCCCUGCUCACGAAUGGAACACACUCAAACAGGGUGGAAAGGGUGAAAUGGCUGCUGAGUGAUACUGAUGACUUCGUAACUUAUAAAGUAGCACUAUAUGCACUGGCAGCUAAGAUCAGGAGAAAAGAUCUAGAUAAAAUAGCGGUCAAUUGCAAAGGUGAUUCGGACAUUUAAGCUGGCACAUUCUACUUGAUAACCCCUUGCUAUUCUAUUGUAUGCAACAAAUAAUUCUUAGGAGACGUGAUUGUGGUUUAUUGUAUUUGCAGUGCCUAAUAUUUUUAUGGGUUUUAUGGUUUUUGCUGCUUUUCUUUUUGUUCCCUUUGUGAAUGAUGCCAUGGCCUUUGGCUAGUGCAAUAAAGUAUAUGAAGAUGAUGAUGAUGAAAAUAUUAGUGGUAAGGCAGUGCUUAUGCAUUGGCUUAUGCAGGUGGCUCUCAUACGUUCUCAUACACAUAAAGCCAAAAUUGCAAGGUCAAAACACAUUGGGGUGCAAUAGGGGGAGGGAUUGCCAAAGUUUUCCCAGACACCCACCCCUUUUCUGCCCACUUUUUAUUUUUUUGCGGACAAGUUAAAUGUGUGUAAGUUGCAAAUCACCUGUAAUCCAUUUACUGAAUGACAUUAUUCAGUGUUUCUCUCCCACAAUCCUCAGCAAUGUUCUUUCAAUAGAAAAGAGCUACAGGGCUUCUAAGUUGUCACUCUUUAAAUCUAAUGCUGGUGCCAGCAGAGAAACAGCACUAAACUGAUCGCGGAAAAUAUACUUUUCAACGUGUUGGAUAAAUCUCUGCCUCCAGUUCUUCCAGUAUUCAUGUUUGUGCUUCAAGCUGAGCUGCAUGCUAAUCAUUCACAUUACGCUUUGGAAGACUUGGUUCAUAAGUACAGUUCCAAAAUGGAGGAUUGGCACUUAAAAAUAGCCCAGUUGACCAAGCUAGGUAGAAGUUUCACCUCCAUUUCCACCAGAAUGGUUCUGAAGGAAUGGGUUUCUGUGUAGCAAGUUUAAAACUGACUCAACCCACCCCCCUUUUGUUCUUUCAAAAGAGAGAACUUUUAAAUGCGUAAAACUUGAACUAUUGAGCAAAACCAUAAUAAGGACACAACUGCAUAAACAGUUCUGUCCUUUAUCAGGACAGGCAAGGGAUGGCCUUGGCUCUCCAGGGGAACAAAGAAAACACGUCAGAACUUUAUCUUAUGUGCUGACCACAAAAUACGCACAAGACCAAUGUCCGGGGAAAACGCCAAAAGCGUGUUCCUGGGGAUUAUGACGUCUUCCCAGAUAAGAGUAGGAAGAGGAAGAUCCUUUUAUGGUCAGAAGUACAGGAAGGAAGAUCCUUUUAUGGUUGAGAGUACCAGAGCAGGAACAUAUGUGAUGUCAACCUGCGUACUUAGGCCGCCGUGGUUGGGCUCCUAGGGGAGGAGUGAGAGGGUGCCUGGAGGAUAUAUAAACUGCAUGAAACCUGUCAUUUCUUUGGACUUGCUGGGGACUAAUCACGCAAGUGCCUUCUGCUAUCCGGAGAGCAGAAUAAACUCUUUCUUUGAACCAACCUCGGUGUCAUUUUGACUUCCUUCCUCCUGUCCCGGAGCAACGCAGACCCAAUCGGUGAACUCCAAUAAGGCUACAGUUCAGAUGUCUGCUCUGGUCACUGCAUUGCGAUAUAAGCAUGUUGAUGCAAAGGCUGUAACCAUUCUGUGACAAAAACCAAGAAUGACCAAAUAUAAUACAACACAGAUGUAAUCUAUGACAGCAGAGCAGCUUACAGCCCGAUUGUGUGAUGAACAAAUUGUGUUAGCGCCACACAGAGUGAACUAUGCAUUGCCCACCCAGAAUUGUGCUGAAUCUUUUGAUCAUAUGGAUUGCUUUAAAAAGUUGUCGUUUUUCACCCUGCCAGAUUUUUGGUACUCCUCUGUAUCAUCCCAAAAGCCAGCCUUUUGUAGAUCACGUCUUCACAUUCUCCAUAACAGACAAGAGGAUUUGGUUUCGAAAUUACCAGGUAAUUUGCCUAUGCUUUGCCCGUGGGAUGAUGUAAUCAAAACACCCACGACCACCCCGGGAUCUAUAUGCAAUGUCUUAAACUGAAAAAUGCUUUGUGAACAUUUUCUUGAAAUCUGAGGGUUUAUUAGACUUGUUCGCAUAUUGAACCAUAGCUGAUUAGAAUACACCUCUCUCCUAAUGUAAGACAUUUUAAGAUGGGUUUGCUAGUAACUUAGCUUGACACAUAAAGGGUAGUGGCCAAAACUCAAAUGCCAAAUUCUCCUAGACCCAGAUAAUCUUCCACAGUGCAGAACUUGUGCAUAUGGCAGGCACAUUGAUUUUGGGUCACUUGAUUUUAGAUCACAUUUAGCAUUUUCACAAGUGCCUAUUAUUUCCCUUAAAAUUCUGAGAAUGAAGUUAUCAUUCAAGAGUUUAACUGCAAGUCCUUGAGGCGGUAGAAUGAAGAAACACACUUAAGUCAUGAGUGAUAUCUGGUCAAUAGUUGAGUGUUUUGGGGUUGUGGAAGGACUUCAGUAUUCCAUAGGCUCCGUGGUAAGGAAGCUACACUCAUCAUGGCACCCUUUUUAUUUUCCAUAGGCUCCUGUUCUUCAGUCCUACAUGCGUGUUGGUUGUACUCAGACUGUUCCUACAAAGAGCAAAAGUUUACAAAAAGGACACAAUUCCAUUCUGAAACAAAAAGAGGCAACCCUUAUAUUGAUAUGGUUGUGCAAGCUGUGGCUUUAGUGGCAGCUAAGAUGCUCUUACUUCCCACAAACAUUCUCCAUAUUCUAGCCCAUUUUUCUUAUUGGGGUCAGCUCAGGUUGAUUCGAUCCACUGGAGUAUCUGAGUACACAAAAGCCAUUAAGCUGCUAUAUAACACAGCCAGAGGGAAUCUUGCACCAAUAUUGGGUAUUUUAAGGUGCCUGCGGCAGUUGUGCACCUGUAUGGUAGAAAAAAGGUUAUUUUGCUCUGAAAUAUCAAAUGUUUGCCACUCUGCAGAUAAUAGAAGAUGGAGCCCUGGUAGAAAUUGGGCCGCGCUUUGUCUUAAACCUUAUCAAGAUCUUCCAGGGCAGCUUUGGAGGACCAACCCUGUAUGAAAAUCCUCAUUACCAGUCUCCAAAUAUGGUAAUACUAUUUUUAAUACUCUAAAGACUACACUCUUCAGUUAGCUUAUUCCUCUGCUUACUGUGACAAUGCUGUUAAUGUGAUCCUUUAGUAAAAUGUUGUUAGUAACUCUCCACCCACAACAGUCCAAUCCACUGGGUUCUCAGCAGAAGGCUUUAAAUAACCACCCCACUAGUUAGUAUUCUGUGUUGACUUUUGGCCUCAGGCUUGUGUUGCCUCUGGAGUACAAAGGCCGGCUUUGACUUUGUUGCUGUGUGCUUUACUGCACUUUCCAUGCCCCCUCUUCCGAAACAAAAAGUUGGUGCAAGGGUUGAGACAGUGAAAUUGCAUCAGGGCAAAAGGCUUAAGACAAUGCUGUACUGUGUGAUGCUGCACUGGUAUUUCAUUAUCUGCUUCUUUGCCUCGUGCAGCAGAACGUAAGCCCUGCCGAUGGCUCAGUCAGUUAGAGGAUGAGACUCUUAAUCUCAGGGUCGUGGGUUCAAGCCUCACGUUGGGCAAAAUAUUUCUGCAUUGCAGGGGGUUGAACUAGAUGACCCUCGUGGUCCCGUCCAACUCUACAGUUCUGUGAUUCUAAGUUGUAUGGCUAACUGGAGUUGCUGUGAAUGUUCAGCAACCACUAAUGCUAACCCAUUAAAAUAUAUUGGUUGCAGAAUUUAUAUAGUGAGGGGCUGUGGUUUAUGCUUUGCAUAUGGGAGGUGCCAGAUUAAAUUGUGGGCACGUCUGGGCAGGGCAUGGGGGAAAUCCUUUCCAAAACCUUGGAGAGCUGCUGUCAGUUAAUGUACAGAGCUCUGAGCUUACAUGGGCUAGUGGUCCAACGGCACCAGGCAGCUUCCUCUUGGGUUUGGUCUCCUGUUGUAGCUCCAACACUUGUAUUUUGGUGUAGCCAUGCUAAUUGUAUUCUUCUGCUUCCAGCAUCGCCGGGCAAUAAGACUAGCCACAGCUGCUAAAUUCAGAGAGAAGCAACAAUUGAAAGAGCUGCAGAAACUGAAGAAGAAGGAAGAGAAGCCGCUGAUUCCUGAAGAUCCAACAGAAGUUGUUUUUGAAACGCCAGCUGAGGAAAAGCCCGAGGAAAUACAACUAGUGAAGCCAGAGCCCAAAAUGAGCUUGAAGAAGAAAAAGAAAAACAAACUACACCAGCGCUCGAGGAAGCUGAAGAGAAAACUUGGUGGAAUUGGAGUCUAAAACAUUUUAAAAGGGGACUCGAUAAUACAACCAUUUAAACAGCUUUUACUACUUUUUUGUAACCGGUUUGUGUACAGUAACUUUAUAAACUAUGUCUUCAUCAUUGA